AUGCCGAUGAUUCCAACCACAACACAAGUAACAAAGGUAGCACCACCUAAGUAUCGUAUUAAUGCCAACGUCGGAUGUCCCAUCACCUAUAAAAGACACCGAGCUAGCAAAAACAUCGAGGGCACCGUUGCCAAGUUUGAUAUUAAAAUCCCACUCUUAACCCUGGAGGUCUUUGAUUGGGAGGGUUGCGGACCGAAUAAUAAUAAGAUUGGAUAUGGGUUGAGAUUCAGUGGAAAUGGGUGCAUCACAAAAAUCGUUGCCAUCAUUCCUAAUGGCUCUGUUUCUCCUUCUGCUUCUUCUCAUGGGGAGUCAAGUUCGGUGGGAGAAGUGCGCAGGGGAAGAAGCAGUUAUGAAUCUCUGUUUUGUUACAACAAGCCUAUACCCGAGGAGAGAAUUGAGGAGCCUGUUGGCACUUCAUUGGCUGAAAAAGUAAUUGGAGAUAAACCUCGAUGCACUCAUUGCCAAGCCAAAGGCGCAGUUCUUUGCACCACUUGCACUGGUUCAGGCUUAUAUGUUGACUCUAUAUUGGAAAGCCAGGGCAUCAUUGUCAAGGUUGUGGUGGAACAGGAAACAUCAUGUGCUCAUACUGUGGGGGCCGAGGUCAUGUUGGAUCGAAGUGGUAUGUCUGGUGCAAAUUUUCUAUCUACAACAAUGAAUCUUGAGUCAGCAAGCUAG